AUGCUCUGGACGCUGCCCGCCCCGGCGCGCGCCCUCGUCGCCACCGCCCUGCAGCACCGCGCCUACACCACGCGCCCGGAGCCGCUGCGCAUCCUCUUCUGCGGCGCCGACGCCUUCAGCAUCGAGAGCCUGCGCGCGCUGCAGGCCGCCCGCGCGCAGACCCCGGGCCUCAUCGACGCCAUCCACGUCGUCCACCGCCCGCCGAAGCCCGCGGGCCGGGGGCUCAAGACGCUGCGCGAAGUCCCCAUCGCGCCCUACGCCCGCGCCCACCACCUCCCCACCCACCCCCUCGCAACCUUCACACACUGGACCCCGCCGCCCAGCCUAUCCUUCAACCUCAUCAUCGCCGUCUCCUUCGGCCUGCUGAUCCCGCCGCGCAUCCUCGCCCUCACCCCUUACGCAGGCCUCAACGUGCACCCCUCGCUGCUGCCCGAUCUGCGCGGCGCAGCGCCGAUCCCACAUGCCCUGCUGCGCGGCCGGGAGUACACGGGUGUCAGCGUGCAGACGCUGGAUCCGGCGCGGUUUGACGCCGGGACCGUGGUUGCGCAGAGCGAGGCCCCGGGCUUGCGCAUUGGGGAGGGCGAGACGGCGGAGGCGCUGCGGCAGCGGCUGGCGGUCGAGGGGGGACGGUUGCUGGUCGAUGUGCUCCGGCGCCGGGGCUAUGUCGAGCCUGUGGUCCCCGGGGGGUGGUAUGCGGGGCCUGUGGCGGAGGCGCCCAAGGUGGGCAAAGGGGAUGCGUGCGUCGAUUUUGAGAUGGUGGGGGUCGCGGGCGUGAGGGCGCGGCUGAGGGCCCUGGGCGACGUGUGGUGUGUGCUGCCGAAUGGGGAGCGGUUGGUCGUGCACGAGGUGGGUGGUGUGGAGGACGCUGUAGAUGGGCAUGUAGAGAGGGGGUUGUGGUGGGAUGAGGCGAGUCGCGAGCUGAGGUUCCGGGCCGCGUGUGGGGGGGUUGGGGUGGUAAGGUCGAGUACGUAUCCAGGGGGGCAGAAGGGGAAGGGGAAUAAGAUGGUGGCGAAGAUUUUGAGGGCCGCGGGGAGGGUGUAG